GGAUCUUCACCGGCAGCCCAACGGGAGGAAAUAAAAACAGGAGAGAACCUUGAGCCUCGGUCCCCUGUUGGCUCAAUACAGAAAACCCCAUGUCAGGAUCAGGGAGCAGAAGAUCUCCAGGACCACGGAGUCGGGGUGUCCAUGGAAGAAGCGGUUUCUCCUCCCUGUUUAAAUCGGCUCUGGCCCCGACCUCUGCACAGCAGGAGACUCAGCCUCUCCUCCAGCCAUCCAGACGUACCUCACCUCCAGUUGGGCUACGGGACAGCUGCGCUACAUCUUCCCUCAGCAGCAGCAGCAACUCGGGUUCUUACAAGGGCAGUGACAGCAGCCCGACCCCCAGGCGAUCCAGCAAAUAUUCAUCCUGUAGCGAAAACCAUGGGAUCAAACCGCCAACACCAGAGCAGUAUCUGACUCCCCUGCAGCAGAAGGAAGUCUGCAUCAGACACCUGAGGGCAAAGCUAAAGGAGACAGAGGAGAAACUGGAUGAGAGAGGUGGGGAAGUGGAGGACCUGAAAUUGCAGCUGUCCAGGAUGCAGGAAGACUGGAUUGAGGAGGAAUGUCAUCGUGUGGAGGCUCAACUCUCACUGAAGGAGGCCAGGAAGGAGAUCAAGCAGCUAAAGCAGGUGAUCGACACUGUGAAGAAUAACUUGGUGGAGAAGGACAAGGGCAUCCAGAAGUAUUUCAUUGACAUCAACAUUCAGAACAAGAAGCUGGAGACCCUGCUGCACAGUAUGGAGUUGGCUCAGGAUGGUGCAUCCCAGUCUACUGCUGGCUCCCCAGCCAAGUCUCUGACCCGCAGCUCCACCUACACCAAGCUGAGUGAGCAGGGGGGUGAUCUCCAGGCCAUUGAUGUCACUGAUCUGCCACACCGUGGCUCCCUCGCCUCUGGAAUCGAUCGUGCGGCUGAGGCUGCUGCCAUCACUGCAAGGUCCUUACUGCGUGCAAGCGGUAUGCCCGAGGGAAGUGACCCUUUGGCCAGGAUCCAGAUGGGUGCUGUCCGGGAGCAGGGCAUUCAGACUGACUUCUCUCCCCGUGAUCCUGACUUGGAAGUGAUAGCAAAGAAGGUCUUGAGGUCCAACACCUUUGACCCUGAUGACCUCACCGCGAGCCUCGGUGAAGCCCCUGAUCUGCGGCCAGUUGACUCCCACUCAGCUCCUGCAGGAGCAGUGGCUGAGGCCCCUGGAGCGGGAGUGCCACAGGAACCUGUGCACCCUGGGCCGGAUGAGGCUCCUACCCAGGUGGCCCACUGGAGCCGCUAUUAUAUUGUAGAUUUGCUGGCAGUGACAGUGCCAGCUGUUCCCACAGUAGCCUGGAUUGUCAGCACCCAGCGAGGCAGCGCGCAGCCUCUCUACAACAUCGGCGUGUUGCUGCGCAGCUGCUGCGUUAUUGCUCUGCAAUCCCUGCGACGAUUCAGUGCCAAUGCAUCUUCCCCAAAUCACCCACCAUCCUAGCCCCAGCCACUGACUCCCUCCUCUCCACCACCCCUCCUCGACACAUAACCCCCCCCACACACACACACCCCUCACCUCCAAC